AUGUUUUACUUUUACAAGGCCUUUCCAGUUGGAAUUAUUUCGCAUUGGUGUUGCUGGAAUGAUGAUUGGGACGAGAGGCAACCACACUCCUUCUCACCAGGGUUGAAUCUGAUGAAAAAAGGUAAUGGAGAGCUACCAUCAACUUGUCAGAAUUGUUCGGAAAACCAUUCCAAUCAUGUUCAAUUCGGAAUCAUGAGUCCAUUGAUGGCUUGUUGGAGAUUUCAUACUACUUGCUAUGAAUAUUUGGAUAAAUUGGCUCAAAAACAUGAAAACGUUCCUGACGAUGCCCACUUGGUGAGAUUCAUGUUUUACAAAUUGGAGGAACAGAUGAAUCCUAUUGUUUUUAGAUUAUGUAAAGAAUGGUGGAAGGUAGAUUAUGUAUUGCCCAAGAUGAUCGCCAGAGCAUUGUUUUUAAUCGCUCAAUCGAAUAAUUAUACGAUUAUCAUUGAGAAGGAAAAUGAUGAUGAACAACAGUUCGAUUACCAUGUUGAUAUGGAGAUGGAUGAGGUAGUUAACCGCUGUGGUAAAAUUGUAGAUUUUAUUGGCGCAGACUUGCAUUGUGGAGAUGAAGAUAGUUUCAAAGAGUGCUUGAGAAGACUUGCCAUUGUUGUGGUCAAUAGAAAAUGGUCCCUCAUGAUGAAACAGGCUGUGCUAUUGAUAUAUUUGUCAUGUCUUUGCGAUCGAUAUGUUGACAAGAGUAUGAAGAAUCCAGAAAGUUAUCCAUAUUUUGUUUAUCGAAAUGAGAUAUUUCGGCUCAUGAAUGAACAUGGGUAUAUUCCAUCCACCAUUGUCUCGGAAAUAUCUAAAUGCACUUCCUUCCAUAACAACUCAAUGUAUCAAGACGAUAUUGUUACGAAUUAUGAUCCUGCUAAUUUCAUAUCUUGCGUGUUAUCCAUACUUGAAGAACAUGAUUUACAGAAAGCAGAAACUUCAAUAGUAUCGUGGAUGCAGUUCAUGUACAGUAAGGCUGUUAAUUUUGCUCCACAAUUAAGACAGUUGAGCUUUUCAUUUAGAGACCAGCAACCAUUCGGAGACUGUCAAGAAUUGAACAUUUUUGAAUUAUUUAUCAAUCAGUUGAUUUUUAAUACCAAAGAUCGAAAAUAUGAUUGGAGCUUGUUGCCCAGUAGUUGCCAACCCAAUUCAGAAAUAGUUCACAUACUCUCAGAGUUUGACAACGAUCCUCAAUGCGUGAAUUCGCUUUCAUUCAGAGAGAAAUGGCAUCAUUUCCUUCAAGGGAAGCCAUCAUUGUUUCAAUAUGUUAAUUCUAAUGAUAUAGGAAAUCCCUCCUUAGAUUAUGAAUUAGAGGUCACCAUUCACAAUAUCUUGUCUUGUGCUGAGCAUUUUUUUGGUAUAACCUUAGAAAAAUUCAAACCUGUCAAGAAAUUCAUGAAUUUCGACGUAUACCUGGAAAUGAGAAAAUCAAAAGCUGGCGGUGAUGUUCAACUCUCUGAGGAAGAGGUAGAUAUUAUCAAGCGAAGUAAACUGCGCUUUUGUCAAGAAAGAGGAAACAAGAAAGAAAAGAAAUGGUUGGAGCAAUCAUUGGUUGAAUUAGGUCAACAAUUAAGUACACCUCAACGACACAUCGAAUUUACUUGGGACAAAUCUACUUCAAAUCAUAACAAAACACGUAUGAAAUGCACAGAUAAGACUUCUUCAACAAGCUUCGAAAUUAUCUGUGAUCAAUAUGGAGCUCAUGUUGCUACAUAUUUUACGGCAAGAAAGAACCAAAUGUUCCAACAGUUCUUUUACAACUCAAAUUGCUUAUAUCAACAAUAG